AUACCAACACACAUUUAGUUUAUUACGGGUAUAUUUGCAAACCGGUUUAUCCAAUCGAACAUGAACAUUUCCUGGAACUUGCUGGGUGCGAGUUCACGCUGCAGGUGAGCCAUCUUGGAUGAGUGGGUAGACAAACAUAGUGCCACAUGGGUGUGGUAACUGGGAGUGAUGCCAUGGUGAUGUGGCGAACAGCGGUUACCUAGAAACAUGGCCGACUUGGAAUUCAGACACAUCCAGGGAGAAGCAUCGCUGAUCCCGAUAAGAUGUCUUCCACAGUCCUGUCGCAGUUUUCUUUCCAAUGUCCUAGAUCCUGAGUCAGCUUUGGGAAGGUCUGAUUACAGGACAUUUGGAGAACUGCUUGGAUUGUCUCAUUUUCAAACUCAGGGUUGUCGGGCCAGGAAUCGGGACCGAAGUAUAACUGAUAUAUUGCUGACAGAGUUUGGACAUGAACCAAUAUGGAAGCUCAUAACCAUUCUCCACCAGAUGGAUGUGGCUGGGGGGAGAGAAAUACUCACAUCAUGGCAAGAAAUUUGUAGGAACUAUGAGACAGAACAGAGGGUGUUUGCAGGAGGCUACGAAGGAGGUGUACAGAAUACUGAGAGCCAGUGUUCAUGCAUGAACUGUCCUGCAUUAUACAGCCACCAGAACCCAUCUAUCAGGGAUACACGUACAUUCCACACCACCCUCAGGAUGAAGGCUGUCAUACAGGUCAGCCUUGUCACAGUUUCAUGCCCAACCCACAGCAGGCUUGUCAGCCUCGAAGCCCUCCCACACGACUGAAAGGUGUUGAAGGGCCGAUGGUGGGACAGGAUUCUAGAAUGGUGGAGAUACAAAAGCCAAGGCCUGGGAUCACCAGAACCUUUGAGUCACUUCAGACUGGUCCUGAUAGGGUCAGUGAGAGACAGUUUGUUGCCAACAUUGAUGAAGAUGACCCAUGGUGUAGAGACAGAAGGCUGGGUUCCCUGCAAAGGAUGAUGUCAGAUGAAGACAACCGCAGCUAUGGCAUAGGCUUGGAUGAAGUAGAGCCUGUUGAUGCAGGGAUCAGGAAUAAUAGACCAGGUGAUGAGGACAGUGCCCAGAACAAUGGACCAGGUGAUGAGGACAGUGCCCAGAACAAUGGACCAGGUGAUGGAAACAGGGUCCAGAACAAUGGAGUAGGUGAUGAGGACAGUGCCCAGAACAAUGGACCAGGUGAUGGAAACAGGGUCCAGAACAAUGGACCAGGUGAUGGAAACAGUACCCAGGAGAAUGGACCCGGUGAUGAGACAAGGGUCAAGAACAAUGGACCAGGUGAUGGAAACAGGCUCAAGAACAAUGGACCAGGUGAUGGAAACAGUACCCAGGAGAAUGGACCCGGUGAUGAGACAAGGGUCAAGAACAAUGGACCAGGUGAUGGAAACAGGCUCAAGAACAAUGGACCAGGUGAUGGAAACAGUACCCAGGAGAAUGGACCCGGUGAUGGAAACAGUACCCAGGAGAAUGGACCCGGUGAUGAGACAAGGGUCAAGAACAAUGGACCCGGUGAUGGAAACAGGCUCAAGAACAAUGGACCAGGUGAUGGAAACAGUACCCAGGAGAAUGGACCCGGUGAUGAGACAAGGGUCAAGAACAAUGGACCCGGUGAUGAGACAAGGGUCAAGAACAAUGGACCCGGUGAUGAGACAAGGGUCAAGAACAAUGGAGCAGAUAAUGGAAACAAUGGACAUGGCAACAACCUUACCACAAUGCCUGAUUUGACACUUGAUGACAAGUCAAGCCAAGAGCUUGACAACAAUGACUUGUUGGCACAAGCAGACUGGGAUUCCUUUAGCAUAUCAGGUAGAAACUUUCAAGACAAGGCCAGUAUUGCAUCCAGUCAGUCACCAAUGGUGCAAAAAAUUACAAAAAAUGAACAUUCUAGCUCAACACUACAAAUGGCAAAUCAUAAAACCAAUGGCAAACCGUUCAAGUUAAAUCCUGUAGCUUCAGACAAAUCAGCAUCCCCAAAGUCCACUAACUACUGUCCUACCUACCCAAACAGCAUGCCUACUGGUGACCAUGCCUGCCCGUUACCACCUUAUGCAUAUUCAGAGUAUGGUUACCCCAACAACGAAGCUCAUCCAUCGCAUCAAACCAUGCAGAAAGGAUACAUGUAUCACGACAAUGGCCCUCCUCAGACCAAUCAAGGAACUCCUCAGUCCUACUACAGAAAUCAUCAAGGUUUUCAUCAGAUCCUUCGAGGAGCUCAGAACUUUCCAGGAACUCCUCAGACUGGUCAUUGUUUUCCUCAGACAAUUCAAGGAGCUAAUCGGAACGUCCAGUGUUUUCCUUGGAACAUUCAAGGAGGGCAUUUUCAGAUAGCCUCUCAGGGCCCACAUCACUACGCCACCAGAAGAGGUCCCCCUCUACAUGCUAUGGGGAGAGGAUAUCAACUUACACAGCAAGGAGUACCUGAUGCAAGAAACUGGCAGGUUCCACACACUGCAGAAGUUACUCCUGCCAAAAAGACUGUUCCAGUUGCAUCUGAUCAUGACCAAUACCCACAUGGUGUUCCUGCUGCUGCUCGAGGUCCACGAGGACACCCAACCAAUCCAUCAGACAGGCCCCCACCAGUGGAAGAUGGAAUGGUUUUCAGUGAAAAGGGACAAGUAAAGCUUCGAGGACAAGAGUCACGUGAAGCAUCUGAGAAGCGACAUUCAGAUUCAGCUGUGGAUGGAGAAGUCAGUCCAGCUCAACAGCACAGACGUCAUGGGUCAGAUGAAGGUGCAGCUGCUUGUGGAAGGGAAGCUGAGAGUGAAUGCAGAGAAAGAGAGAAGUAUGUGUUUAUUACAGGAGGAGAUGAAACAAAACAGGAUGCUGUUGCCAAGGAGAUAAACAAGUUAUGUCAUGAGCUGCGCAAACUGGGAAUAACAGUGGUGGCAGACUUGCCUGAAAAGUUCCAAGCUGUGCCGAGAGAUCCCCUGCAGGGACGGAACUCCAUCUCAUUCAGAAGGGACAACGUACAUGAAGCACGAAUGGCCUACUUUGAAAGGGCCACGUGUGUUCUGAUUAUCGUCAGUCCUGGGUACAAGGCUUAUGUUGACAAGGACAACGACCAAGCCCAAGCCCAAGCUCAGCCCACUGAGCAUCAGUCUUCCACCCGACAUAUCUACACACUCAUGUUGACAGAGUACUGUGAGAAAAAUUUCUCAAAGAAUAAACGCUUUUAUCCAGUAUGUCUUACAAAACUGAAGACUAAGCGUAGUGAUAUUCCUGACUGGAUUUCCUCCACUUUAAUUUACUACUUCCCAGGCAAAGAGCUGUUUAACCAUCUGAAACAAGACUUAGAGAAUGACUAAAGUUUGGGUGGUUCUUAAAGGUUUGAGAACCAAUGCAAGCAUUAAAAGGACCUCAAUUUCAAGCUUUUUGAGAAUUGGAACUUUUUAUGAAAAAGCAUAAUUUGGUCAAAACUGAAGACUUUUACAGUGUGCUGCAUGGACAAAAUAUGUUGUGUGAAUUUAGUGACUCAGGAAAAGGCCUGAUAUAUAAAUUGACAGGCUGUUAUAUCUUUGUGCCUUGGUGUGGUGUACAAUCAUUUCAAGUAUUGAAAUAUCUUCAUAAGAUUUACAUUGAACUUGAUCAAAGCGUAUAUUUUUUUAUCAUAAAUGUCCUCCGGAAUACAUUGUGCCCUUGAACUUUUCCUUAAUGGAGUUCAUGGAUUGAUGAAUAGAUGAAAAAUGACAGUGACUUCUUUAAUAAUGUGUCCAUUUAUAUAGCGUCAAACUCCACACCUGGUAUGCCCAUAGCGCUAACAAUCAAUAAGGCAUUAUUGAAGUCCAUAGAACUGUUUGUAGAGAAAGGUUUGGAGGUGAUGCUUAGAGUUUUCAAGGGUUGGAGACAGCUUAAGGUCAUCAGGGAGAGAAUUCCAAUUGACCGAUGCCAUGUUCUUGUAAGACUUGUAGCCAAAUGAUUUGAGGUUCCAAUUUGGUACACAGAACAGAUUAGACGAGGAUGAACGCAGAGUUCUUGUUGGCAUGUAAGCAAAGACGUUUUCCAACCUCCGCUGAGAUAACAAGUUUUAACCAUGUCUUGAUGGUAAACUGAGAAAGGUGGCGCAAGACAAGUUUCUUUUGCUUAUGGACUUGAAUGUGGUACAUCAGGAGUGUGGGAGGGUCGGCUAGCCGAGUGGUUAAAGUGUUCACUCGUCACACCAAAGACCCGGGUUCGAUUCCCCACAUGGGUACAAUAUGUGAAACCCAUUUCUGGUGCCCCCUGCCAUAAUAUUGUUGAAAUAUUGCUAAGAGCAGUGUAAAACUAAACUCACUCAUGGCAGGAGUGCGAUAGGUUUGGCAGAUUCCACGAUUGUGCUGUCUGCGGCUGUACUAUUAUCUCCAGGAAUGUAAUCUGGAACAGGUCGAUAAUGUAACCGCUAUAUGGGUCAGAUGUGACACUCAGACAGCCAGACCUGUUUUGGUCAUAGCCAGUGCUGACUUUGUCAUUGUUUUGAAUGGAUAACACUGUAUAUUUUCAUGAGUUUCUAAUUAUGUUAGACAGACAGAUGAUUACAAUCUGUAAUUUGUUAGAGUAUAAUUUAUAUGUUUUGUAUUCAAUGUUUGUCUUGUGUUCAAGUUAUUACAAGUAGAAUCCAUUCUGUUAUGAUAAGAACCCUGGAACUAUUCAUGAUUCAGGAUCAUUGGGGAAGUGAUGUCACUUUUAACAUUGCCGUAUCAGUGUCUUCCCACAGUUCCCUUGCAUGUCAACAUAACUUGAUUUGAAGGCUACUAGUAGUGAGUGAGUGAGUUUAGUUUUCAGCAAUAUUCCAGCAAUUUCAUGGCGGGGACACAAGAAAUGAACUUUACACAUUGUACCCAUGUGGGGAAUCGAACCUGAGUCUUUGGCGUGACAAGCAAACGCUUUAACCACUAGGACUACCCCACCGCCCCUGAAGGCUACUUGUAAGUGUGACCAGACUGACAUUAGCUGAGGGGCAGUGACAUAGGUGACAUCACUUUCAAGAUUAGAACUUAGAAGUGACAUGCAUGUUCAUGUGGCUUCGUAUACUGGUCCAGAAAA